AUGCACAUCUAUGAUGGCAAAGGGAUCUUCCAAGUAAGCAAAGGAAAGGCAAAGGCUGUUCUGACCAUAUACCCCACAUCCUCCCAGAUAUUCAGUGGAGAGUCUGUCACUCUCAGAUGUCACAUACAAAGGGGAGAAGUCACUGACUGGGAAUACACAUGGAGCAAGGAUGCUGUAGACUUAUUCAGUAGGGAGCAUAAAUAUGAGAUCAGUGAGGUUAUGAUUUCAAACAGUGGAGACUACUCGUGUCUGGGUAAACAUAUUGAUAAUGGGACGUAUUCUAUGUGGAGUGAUGCAGUCAGACUGACAGUGACAGCUCUUCCUGAAACUACACUGACCGUAAAUCCAAACCCUGCAUACAAUGGAGAAACAGUAACUCUGACUUGUUCAGUGGGAUCUGACAGUGGUUGGAUGUAUACAUGGUACAAAGACAACACUAAGAAAGUAGUGACCUUGUCUAGCAGACACACUACAACAGGAGCCACAUUCACCAUCAGUAGAGCUGCUGAGUCUGACCAGGGUCUCUACUGGUGUCAGGGAGAGAUCCAGUCCAGAUCCAUAUCAUCAAUCAUCAGUUAUCCUGUCACUAUCACUGUGAAAGCUCUGCCCACGGCCUCAGUGAAAGCCUCUCCACGGGGUCCCCUCUAUUCUGGAGAGACAGUCACUCUGCAGUGUGACAUAUCAGACUACAGAGACUGGACAUACCUCUGGCACAGAGACAACCAACAUCUUCCCAAUCUGACCAGUAAGACCAUCACCAUCUCUCUCCCUGACCAGGCUGGUCAGUACCAGUGUGAGGGGACAAGGAAUGGACAGCCCGAGAGGACAUAUCUCAGCUCAUCUCUCACCAUCGUUGUUGCUGCCCUGCCCAAAGCUUACCUGACCAUAACACCAAACCCUGUAUACAAUGGAGAGACAGUAACUCUGACGUGUUCAGUGGGGUCUGAUGGUGGCUGGAGGUAUACAUGGUACAAAGACAACACUAAGAAAGUAGUGACCUUGCCUGGCAGACACACAACAACAGGAGUCACCUUCACCAUAAAAAGAGCUGCUGAGUCUGACCAGGGUCUCUACUGGUGUCAGGGAGAGAUCCAGUCCAGAUCCAUAUCAUCAAUCAUCAGUGAUCCUGUCACUAUCACUGUGAAAGAUAAACCACAAGCUGUCCUGAGUGUCUCUCCUCAGUGGCUGAACCCUGGAGACUCAGUUACUCUGAGCUGUUGGGUUAAAGAGUCAUCUACAGGCUGGAGGUUCUUCUGGUACCGAACUGUUCCCUACACAGCUGGGUUACUCUCCCUAUCAGACAGGUCCUACUCUGUAGAGCCUCUAUCUGGCAAUCGGACUAGUGAAGACUCCUACACUCUGAUCCCUGCUGGUCCUAGUCACACAGGAGGAUAUUUGUGUAGAGCUGGGAGAGGAGACCCAGUCUAUGACACACUCUACAGUGAACCUCAGUUUCUCUGUGUUUCAGAUCCGCAACCAUCAGUGUCUCUCAAAAUAAGACCUAACAGAACUCAACACUUUACAUCAAAGUCUCUCUCACUAAGCUGUGAGGAGAAGAGGAACUCUACUGGAUGGAGACUGAAGAGAUACAGAGAGAAAGCAGUGGAGUCAGAGUGUGGCUCUAACUGGGGAUCAAAAGCAGGGUCCACAUGUACCAUCAGUUCCAUACGUAAAAAGGACAGUGGAGUGUACUGGUGUGAGUCUGGAUCAGGAGAGUACAGUAAUGCUGUCAACAUCACAGUGGAUGUUGGCAGUCUGAUCCUGGAGAACCCUCCCUAUCCCAUAACUGAGAGAGAGUCUGUGACUCUGAGCUGUACAAAUAGAUAUCAGGAAACAAAACCGAACCCCAAGGUUGAUUUCUACAAAGAUGGAGUUCUCAUCAGGAAUGAGACCACAGGAGAGAUGACCAUCCCUGCAGUUUCCAAGUCAGAUGAAGGCUCCUACAAGUGUAAAUCGAAUGGAAGAGAAUCACCAGAGAGUUGGGUGACAGUGAGAGGUGUAACUCCUGGACCCUCUACAUCAGUCCUAGUAGGAGUGGUUGUGGGCCUGGUUGUUGCUGGUGUUCUACUGGCCAUUCUCCUGGUACUGCUGUGUCGAUAUAAAAAUGCCGGAGGCCCCCCCAGCCCCAAAGCACCAACCUGGACCCCCAACAGGAUCAAGGAUCUACCCAGGGCCAGGCUCCUGAUGCUGGGUGGCGCUAACAUCUAUGAUACAAUCACGCGCUCAGACAGUAAUGCCAAUGAUGCUGGUGCUGCUACUGCUGGACCAAGUGAUGUGAUGUACGACCAGAUUCAACUCAAAGAGUUGGACAAGAAAAAGAAAAAAAUGACAUCUGAUCCAAAAGAAAAUCCAGUCUAUUCUGAGGUCAAGACGGGGAAGACCACAGCAGCAACUGGACCUGUUGAUGUGACCUAUGCUGAGGUUGACCUUAAACAGAAGGCCAAAGCCAAGAAGAAGAAAGAAACAUCAACCCCACCUGAGGCAGAUUCGGUCUAUUCUCAAUUGAAGCCAGUCACAGCCCCAGUAACAACGCUACCAGUGUCUGUGAAACACCAUGACCAUGAACCACACAACCAGCAGCAGCUAGGAAACACAUGCUCCAAAACCACCACCAUCAGACUGAUCAACACAGUGACAGACCCCAAACACACCCACGCCUCAUCUUCUAACUCUCAAGCUGAGUGA